CAUUCACAAGAGAGGGAUUUGGAGACAUUUGGGUUAUCUCUGAACCGUUUGUCUUCUUUGCCUCUAUUAAAUAUUUUUUCUGUCCAAAUAUUUUUAAGGGAGAGAGGGGAAUUUAAGCUGUAAAUUUGUAAAGAAAUAGGAGGAAAAUCUGGAAAGGAGUUUGCUUUGACAGGGUUGAAGAACCAAAGAAAAAAAAUAAAGUCUUGGGGUUAUUUUUGAUGAGUUUUGGGGGUUUUCUUGACAACAGUACCGGCAGUAGUGGCGGUGCGAGAAUCGUGGCUGAUAUUCCUUACACCAAUAGCAACAACAACAUGCCAUCGAGUGCAAUCGCUCAGCCACACCUUGUAACUCAGUCUCUCACUAAAUCUAUGUUCAACUCUCCGGGACUCUCACUUGCCCUACAGACAAAUGUGGAUGGGCAAGGAGAUGUGACGAGAGUGGCCGAGAGUUAUGAGGCAAACAACGGCGGGAGAAGGAGCAGAGAGGAAGAACACGAGAGCAGAUCCGGGAGUGAUAACAUGGAUGGUGCUUCUGGGGACGAUCAAGAUGCCGCUGACAACAACCCUCGUAAGAAGAAGCGUUACCACCGACACACCCCUCAGCAAAUCCAAGAACUUGAAGCGCUGUUCAAAGAGUGCCCUCAUCCGGAUGAGAAGCAAAGAUUGGAGCUCAGCAGAAGGCUUAACUUGGAGACCAGACAAGUCAAAUUCUGGUUCCAAAAUCGCCGAACCCAGAUGAAGACGCAACUGGAACGCCAUGAGAACUCGUUGCUGAGGCAAGAGAACGAUAAGCUCCGAGCGGAGAACAUGUCGAUUCGUGACGCUAUGAGGAACCCAAUUUGCUCAAAUUGUGGUGGUCCGGCAAUUAUUGGAGAUAUAUCACUAGACGAGCAGCAUCUCAGGAUCGAAAAUGCUCGAUUGAAGGACGAGUUGGACCGAGUUUGUACACUGGCCGGAAAGUUUCUAGGCCGACCCAUUUCAUCCCUGGCUACAUCCAUGGGGCCUCCGCUUCCGAGCUCCACUUUGGAGCUCGGAGUUGGGAGCAAUGGGUUUGGUGGGAUGAGCAAUGUGGCUACAUCAAUAUCCAUGGGACCUGAUUUUGGAGGUGGGAUUGGGAGUGCUAUGUCAAUUGUGUCUCAUGGUAGGCCGAGUGUGACGGGGCUAGACCGGUCGAUAGAGAGAUCGAUGUUUCUAGAGCUUGCUUUGGCUGCCAUGGAUGAAUUGGUUAAGAUGGCUCAGACAGAUGAGCCCCUUUGGCUAAGGAGUUUGGAGGGUGGAAGGGAGGUUUUGAACCAUGAGGAAUACAUGAGAAGUUUCACUCCUUGCAUCGGAUUGAAACCGAGUGGUUUUGUCUCCGAGGCUUCUAGGGAGUCUGGAAUGGUCAUCAUCAACAGCUUAACUCUUGUUGAAACUUUGAUGGAUUCGAAUCGAUGGUUGGAGAUGUUUCCUGGUGUGAUUGCAAGAACAUCAACCACAGAUGUGAUUUCCAGUGGCAUGGGAGGAACUAGAAAUGGUGCACUUCAACUGAUGCAUGCUGAGUUGCAAGUCCUAUCACCUUUGGUUCCGGUUCGUGAGGUCAAUUUCCUCCGUUUCUGCAAGCAGCUCGCAGAGGGCGUGUGGGCUGUGGUUGACGUGUCGGUUGACGUCAUUCGCGACACCUCCGGUGCACCAACAUUUAUGAACUGCAGGAGGCUCCCUUCUGGCUGUGUUGUGCAAGACAUGCCCAAUGGGUACUCUAGGGUUACAUGGGUUGAGCAUGCGGAGUAUGAUGAAAGCCAAGUCCACCAGCUAUACCGACCCUUGUUAAGUUCCGGCAUGGGCUUCGGCGCUCAACGGUGGGUCGCCACCCUUCAACGCCAAUCCGAGUUCCAGGCCAUUCUCAUGUCCUCCUCCGUCCCAUCCCGCGACCACACUGCUAUCACUGCCAGCGGGAGGAGGAGCAUGCUGAAGCUGGCGCAGCGGAUGACAGACAACUUCUGUGCCGGAGUAUGUGCAUCGACUGUGCAUAAAUGGACCAAGCUUAACGCCGGGAACGUCGACGAGGACGUCCGGGUCAUGACUCGGGAGAGCCUCGACGACCCCGGCGAGCCACCGGGUGUGGUGCUCAGCGCUGCCACUUCGGUCUGGCUGCCGGUCUCUCCGCAGAGGCUAUUUGAUUUCUUGCGUGAUGAGCGACUGAGGAGCGAGUGGGACAUACUCUCCAACGGCGGGCCCAUGCAGGAGAUGGCCCACAUCGCCAAGGGCCAGGACCCCGGCAACUGCGUUUCCCUCCUCCGCGCCAGAGCAAACGCAAACCAAGGCAGCAUGCUGAUCCUACAAGAGACACGCAUAGACGCUGCGGGGUCGCUAGUGGUGUACGCGCCAGUUGACAUUCCGGCCAUGCACGUGGUCAUGAACGGCGGGGACUCCGCCUACGUUGCUCUCCUGCCAUCCGGGUUCGCAAUCGUCCCUGAUGGCCCAGGCUCUCGCGGGCCCAUGUCCGGCAAAGGCGCCACUCACGGCAGCAGCAAUGGCGGCGGGUGCGGUGAUGACGGUGGCAAUAGAGUGAGCGGGUCCCUCCUGACAAUGACGUUUCAGAUCCUUGUGAACAGCCUGCCGGCGGGCAAGCUGACCGUAGAGUCGGUGGAGACGGUGAACCACCUCAUAUCCUGCACGGUCCAGAAGAUCAAGGCGUCCCUCCAUUGUGAGAGCUGAUGAUCCAUGUAUCCGAUCGUACUGGCAUCACGUGAUCCAAACUCACCUUGUAGCUUAUGUUUUUUUUUUUUUGUCUAGCUCUUGUGCUUUUGUUAGGAGACUUUAUUGAAGGUUGUUGUGCAUGUGAUGGGCAUGGCGGUGGCGGAGGGCGGUGGCGUAAGUUGUUUAGGCGGUGGUAGUUUUGUUUUGUUGGGUGGGAGAGCGGUUGGGGGGAACGAUGAGUAAAUGUGGUGGGGGUAUUGAGUCAAGAACGAACCGCACGUGGAGAGUCCUCGCAUGGUGAUUAGGAUAUACAUACAUGGAACUUGCACGUGCGUGUGAAGUUGCACACGUGUGUGUUCUUAGCACAAGGCAAGGGUGGUGGUUCGGGCAUUGACUCAGGUCCACCCCUGUUUAAUUCCAGAAAGUGAGUCUGGCUCAACAUAGAUUGUGAAAAGGAAAAAGUGUUGGAGAAAUUGACCCUUUUUCGGAGUUAUCGAUUU